AUGGUUGUUGAAAAUAAAGAUCGGUAUGUUCAUCCUAAGCCGGAAUUAACAAUAAAUCAAAGUACUGCUCAUACUGUUUGCUCUGAUUCGAAUGAUGUUAAAAUCAAACCAUCAAAAUAUGAUGGCAAUACUUCUUGGAUCGACUACUUAGCACACUUUGAGAUGUGUAACCUAGAAAAUAUGUGGUCUGAAUACCAGAAAGGUUUGUACUUGGCCGUGUCACUGAUUGGCCAGGCUCAAGCAGUCCUUGCUGAUUUACCAAAGGAAAAGAGACUAAUAUUUUCAGACCUAGUUAAUGCACUUGAGGAACGCUUUGCUCCUUCAAGUCAAACUGAACUACACCGGGUUCAAUUUAAGGAAUGUUGUCAAAAAGCAAGUGACACUUUGCCGGGGUUAGGUCAGUCAGUUCGAAGACUUUCUAAUCUGGCAUACCCGACUGCUCCGUUCGAAUUAAAGGACACGCUCGCCAACGAACAAUUUAUAGAUGCGUUAGUAGACUCUGAAAUGAGAUUGAGAAUUAAACAGUCUCGUCCAAAAGGUCUUAACGAUGCUAUACGGUUGGCAGUUGAGCUUGAAGCCUAUAACACGGCAGAGAGCAAAACACUGAACAGUAUGGGUCAUUUACGACAUACUACUAUUGACGAACGGACAGAAGCACAUACUAGUCCUGACACCGCUAUUUCUAUGGGACAAAUGACGACAUGGAUGCAGACGAUUGAGAAUAAUUUACUGGCCAUAACAAGAGAGAUUCAGGAUUUAAAGUCCCAAAGAAAGUUCCAACAAAAGGGGAAGAUAACUAACACACAAAGUAAAGGGAAAGGGUGUGGUCCCUGUUUUAGUUGUGGAGAAAUAGGGCACUUUGCAAGAAAUUGUCCCACUAAUAAUCAGAAGCAAAGUACUCUGGAAACUGAUAACAACGGAACAUAUACGGACGGUACAGUCAAGACACUGAAGUCUGAAAUUAAGCCUUCAAACAAUGACGAAGGCGCUGUUGUUGUUUCAGCAUCAGAAAAUGUAGGAAUGUUUGUUGAGUUAAACAUUCAAGGUGUACCAGUCAAGUUUGUGGUGGAUACUGGAGCUACACUAACGUUAGUUUCUAAAAGAGUAUACGAUUCAAUUCCUGACUUGUGUAGGCCACAUUUGAGUGAAACUAGGUCACAGAUAAAGUCCGUCAGUGACAAGUAUUUAAGCCUUAAGGGAAAGGGUAGUUUUACACUUGAUUUUGGUAAAGAGAAGUUUAUAUCAGAGGCCGUUGUAACUGACCUACAAGUCGAUGGUAUUCUAGGUUUGGACUUUAUGAAGAAAAAUAAGUGUCUGAUUGACUUGUCUGCUAACGUAUUACACAUCGAUAACGUUAAGGUCCCCCUAUGUGUUCAAGGUACCCAAAGUAGAAAUGCUGAUUUUCAGAGAAAACCAUGUCGGUUAACAUCAGACAGACAGUCAAAAAUGGACCGUGAUUGUUCUAAGAGAGAACAAAGUCAGGUAAACAUAGUUACAAGUCAGAUGCCGGACAAAAGUGAAGACUUGACUUUAAACGACUUACAAUCGAAUGACUCGGACCUUACACUUGUUAAGCGGUGGUUGACAGAGGGUCAAAGGCCACAGUACAAUGAGGUAUCAAGUAAGGGAUAUUCUCUAAGGUCAUUAUGA